AUGAGGUCUCCCCGUGCACUCACUAAUCUGGCGGAUGUCCUGUCCACACUCUCCGAGUUUCAAUCGGAGGAAGCAAAACUGUCCAACUCUUUGACAGAACUGCUAUCUUCGCGCGAACCUAUUGUCGCUUCCUUGAACCGUCUCCAAGUUCUAGUUCCCAGGCUUGAUGUCCUCCAACGCGAUGCAUUAUCACUUUCGGCCACGGUUUCCGCGACUGCGAAGACUGCAGAACGUGUAGGAGGACGCGUCCAGUCGUUGGAUGAAGAGAUGAGACGCGUCCGUGAGGCGGGGGAUCGUGUUUCACAGGUUAUGGAGCUGAGGACAGAUCUGAGGAAGACAUCCUUGUCCGCGCUUCAAUCUGCGAUAGAUAAUCAGGACUGGGAAUCAGCAACAAGACACUGUGCGCGGGCCAUGUCGUUACCCGAACAUGUCAUCUGUGGAUCGUUCGCUGAGACCGCUGUCCCUACCGUUGAAAGUCACCUUCCUCCGGCUCAAACAUUACAAGCUGCUCGAGAACAUCUACUCGCUGUCUUCCGUCAACAGUUUGAACAAGCAUCGAGGUCGCGGGAUUCUGCAACGACUAGUCGCUUUUUCAAGCUUUUCCCUGAGAUAGGAUGGGAAGAAGAAGGGUUGCAAGCCUAUGCGGCUUUUGUUGUUGAUCUGGUUCGCGUUCGAGCCCCAGCUUCCGCCAAAAGUUCAUCGCCGCUUUAUUACAUCACUGCUUUGACCGCUCUCUUUGAGAGUAUCGCGCUCAUAGUUGAUCAACAUCAGCCCGUCGUGGAAAAAUAUUACGGUCAGGGUAAGAUGCAGCGAGUUGUGGAACGACUCUUGGAAGAAUGCGAUCGUGUAGUGAAAGGGUUAAUCGAAAACUGGGAAGAGGAGCGUUCAUUGCAGCGCAAACUGUCUGAUAUUGCAGAGAAUCCCCCCAUACCAAUGACUUCCUCUAGUCGUCGACAGCCGCCAGUCACAAUGGAUGAAGAGUCUCUAGAUCCUCGUGAUAUCGACAAGGUAGUUUCUGAAGUAGCUGGCAUGACAGGACGUUGGAAUCUGUUCAAGAAAUUCGUCUCAGAGAACCUUCGAGACACCGGAGAUAAAAGUGAGGGUCCCGAGGUUUCCCGGACCGAUGAAUUCCAUCUUCUCGAGGCAACCUCGUCUCAGCACAUGUUUGAGGAGAUCCUGAAGACCAAAUAUACCCCCCUCGAAGUAUGGUACUUCAGGACAACGAUCGACCGGGCCCAGAGACUAUCCAGCCCAGACACUUCCCAAAUGCCUGUGAUCACAACGGCUCCCGACGACGUUUUCUACCUUCUGAAGCUUGUUCUAUCGCGGUUAUUGUCGACUGGUUCCGUCAAAACCGUGGAGAUGGUCAUGGAGCAGCUACGGGAUGUCAUGGACAAGGAAUACGUUGCCGUCAUAAAAAAGAAACUGGACGACGUGUAUCGCAACUCAGGACAGACAGGACAGACCAUGCGCGCAGACAAGAUAGAAAGGGAGAACCGGGCGGCCUUCAUCAUACUUCUCAAUGACCUGGACGUCUCAAUGUCCCACUUGGAUCGCCUUAGCCGUGAUUUGGCAAAUAACCCUGUUUCCCUGCAACACUUUACAGAGAGCCAGACCUCCCUGGUGAAAUCUCACAUCGCCGGAUUUGCGACCUUGACGGCGAAAAUUCGCACCGCACUGCGGUCUGGUAUCGAGCAAUUAUUCAACCAACUUCUGCGCCCGAAACUGCGAAACUUGAUUGGUGAUGUUUACAAGGAUGUGUCGUAUGUCCUGGAUGAAGAAGCUUAUGCAUCGGCGGAGUAUCAGGACGUGAUACGCAAGCGGUUCAUCAAAGCAUGGGAGGCUCUCGACUCGUUUACCGACGCCAACUACAGACUUUUCUUCGGUCUGGCUCUUGAUGUUCUCGUUCGACCGUGGGAAAAGUUCUUGCUGACGUUCAAAUUCACGGAGUUGGGCGCCAUCCGCUUUGACCGAGACUUGCGAGCGAUUCUGACGUAUCUCUCAACGCAUACCGCCUUUGGAGACGCUCGCGAGAAGUUUGUGCGCUUGCAACAGCUUUCAACAAUUCUCAAUCUAGACAAUGAGGAGGAUGUUGAUGAGUUCUACAACGGAUCUGGCAUCACAUGGAAGCUGUCAACUCAGGAAGCGCGAGCAAUCGCGGCGCUGAAAGUUUGAAACGUGAAAGUUUAAGACCUUACAUGCACAACUCUGUAGGGUCUUUAGAUACCUUAACC